CCAACAAUUUCAUCUCAAUAGAAAAUACGACUGGGGACUGAAAUGCUGUAAUGGCAGACUCAACAACAACACAGCGGGUAGAGGAGCUGGUGGCGCAAGCAAGAACAUGCAUCGAACAACGCCAACUUCAGAAAGCAACACAACUGGCCAAGGAAGCUGCUUCUCUGGCACCUACCAACCAAAACGUUCAAGCCCUUGUACAAUCUUUGUCGACUGAAGAAUCAUCCGGAAGCCAAAUAUUGACUUUGAUCAAAAACUACGUGGAACAGGGUGACCAAACGGAUGGCCAGGAAGCCGUCAAGCUGCUGAAGCAGCAUACUGCUAUACCCUCUGACCAAAUCUCUGAUGUCGCUCACUUCCUAUUCGACCAUGAUGGAAAGCCGACAGAAACCAGGGACGAAUUGACUGGAGCAUUUGUGAUCAACUCCGCAGCAGCACGUAAACAACUCGCCAGCAGGAUCCAGGUCGGAACAGAAGCAACCCGCUUCUUCCGUCUACUGUGGAGACGUGGUGAACACAGUUUCAACAGCAUUCUACCAGUCCUCCUCGAUGCAAACGCAUGGCCAAAUUCAGAAACUCAGACACAGGCGAAGCGUGAUGCUUUUUUGCUUGCGCUUGGAAAACUCUUGGAUCCAGCGUUGGAACAUGGAGAAUGGAGCAUGACUUUGAUCGCCAGAUUGCUCACUAGCAAUGCGCAUGAUAUGGCUGGACUCAUCGAUCGUGAUGCCUUUGAAAUUGUUCUCGCACAGCUUGACAUCCGUCUUGAUACCAAGAUCAGAGCACAGGCGACUUUGGCUGUUGCAAAGCUUCUUGAAGAGACGCGUGAGGAGGGAGAAAACAUAUUUACGGAUUAUGUCACCAACACCGUCUCAAAAGGUCACAACGACGAGUUGAUUGUGGCCUUCUCAGCAGCAGCAUCAGUUUUCCCACUGGUACCGCAGACCGUGGCCAAGUUGUUCCUUACACCCGGAUUCUUGGAAGGUCUGAUACCAGUCUUGGAAAGGAACUCUUCAGGACAAAGAAAAUCACAUCGUCUCGAACAGGCAGCAAUGGAGCUGAUGAGUGCAGCCUGUGUAGAUAAAGCGUGCAGAGAAAGCCUUGCCAAGAUUGCGUACAACUGGCUUGACGAUGUAGCACAUACAAGCUCAGAGGCUGAAGCUGCAAGUAUGGCUGCGUUGGUGCUUGCAAAGAUACCGCCAAAACCAGACUCGGAAGAAUCCUCAGUAACACACGCAGACGAUUUGUCAUCCCUUCUGGUCAAUCUUACGUUGAACGCCAGCAGCCCGGCGGAACAGCAGAGCUCGAUUGAGGGUCUCGCAUACACAUCUCUACAACCGAAGAUCAAAGGCGAGAUUGUGUCCAACACAGCCUUACUCAACAAGCUCAUCGAACGGCUCAAAUCGACAACGACAGCUGAUCCCUGCACUUUCGGCAUCUUGACAAUCUUCUCAAAUUUGGUGUCAUAUCGCCCAGCACAAAGCGAAGAACAGCAAAAGAUGUCGCAGCUGAGAAACUAUGCCGAAUCAAAGAAGCAAGAAGAGAAGGAUCCCUUGGAUGAUGACCAGCAUGUUACAGCCCGCUGUAAGACAGUGCUGGAUGCAAACCUUAUACCCGUCCUCGUGACUGCGGCCAGAAGCCACUACACUGUGACUAUCUUGGGUAUAGCAGUCAAGAUCCUUCACGCACUCGCCCGCGAGCAAAAGCACCGUGGUAAACUAGCACAACAAGGUGCUGUAAAGUUGCUUCUCCAAACCAUUGACCGUCUCCAAACACCUGGAGGACCCGCCUCAGCUUCUGACUCGGCACAAGCAGCUAUCCAGCUCGCCGCACACGCACUCGCUCGCAUCCUGAUAUCUGUGAACCCACAGCACGUCUUCAGCAGAGCCAUGCCCGCCAUCUCAGCCCUACGACCUCUGACUCUCCUCCUCACCCCCGACACCAGCUCAGAAACCCGGGACCUGCUCCCAGUCUUCGAAUCCCUACUCGCACUUACCAAUCUCGCAUCUCUAGAAGACGACGCAGUAAAAGAUGCACUCCUCCGUCAAGCCUGGCAACCGACCGAAGACCUUCUCCUCUCCACCAACAAACUAGUCCAACGCGCUUCCGUCGAACUCGUCUGCAAUCUCAUGGCCUCUCCCGCCGGUGUCGCCAAAUAUGCAGAUGGCAGCCCAGCAGCAAAACACCGUUUACACGUCCUCCUAGCAUUGGCGGACGCAGAAGAUCUAGCAACGAGACGCGCAGCAGGCGGCGCCCUAGCCAUGUUGACCGAAUGGGACGCAGCCGCAAAAGCAGUACUUGAACAUGACCGUGGCGUGAGCAUUUUGCUAGACAUGUGCGGAGAUGAGAGUGAAGAGAUCAAACAUAGAGGUUUGGUUUGUAUUCUCAAUCUCGUCUCUGCGCCUGGAGAAGUGGGCACUAUGGGUCUGCAAAAAGUCGCUCAACAGGACGGAGUUGAAACGAUCAAGAGCUCCCUGCGCGAGUGCAGGAACACAGAUGUCAUGGCCAUUGGAGUGGAAGUGCUGAAAACCAUCAUGGGCAAGAACGAAAACUCGGGUCGGGCAAUCACGCAGGGAUAAGGGUGUGCUUUGGUGAGAGAAUUGACAUGGUUAUUUUUGGCAUGCGCAAUUGAUUGUUCUUGCAUGAGAUUAUCCUUUUUAGCACUUGCAUUAGCGGCGCUGCGGACAAUUUUACCUCUCGAGAUUAAAAACAGUGGUAUCGUUUCCUGUAAGAUCAAACAUCAUUCGUUAAAUUCGUGACAAAUGCUAUGCCCAUCUUCCCUUGACAAAUUUGUUCCUUCGUGUUGUGGCCUGUGGUUGAGGGCUGAGGUCGAGAGGGGUCGGUCUGGCCUUUGGAAGGAUCGGAAAAUGAGGGGGGACAGCCAAGCUGAAAGUGGGACGUAUCGCUAACCUCAGGUUGGCACGAUCUCGUCUGAAGCUUCUUGAACUUCUGUGAUCAGGUCGGCCUCGUCGAUGAAAGCGUAGGUGCUGCGUCUCCGUGGAGCGGGCCUGGG